UUGGAUAAGGUUGUUUAUAAUAUUUUAAAGAAGGAUUUUAUAAUUGGGUUAUUCUAUAUAGUUGUUUCCCGUACUUAUACGAUUAAAGGUAUUAUAUUUAAUAAGAGCUUUGAGAUUAAUGCUUUAUGUGUGACAAAUACUAAGAUUUAUAUAUAUACAGCUAUAGAUAUAGUUAGACGUAUAUUUUAA